AUGGAGUAUCUCAUUCGACUCGCGCAGAUGCAUGAGACGUUUCGGCGUCCCGAGUUGGAGGCGCUGGCUGUAUUGCACAAUGUAGACUUGGAGAUUCUGGAGUACUCUGACGAGUCACCAUUCUGCAUUGCAAAAAUCUCAUCGGACAAGGAUGCAGCUAAACUCAUCUCUCGCUCCAUGUUGACCGGCGCAGUCUACGAACUCUGGGGCAUCGGAAACAACUACGAAGAAUGCCACGCAGACGUAAAGAAGCGAUCACAACAUCUCUGGGCGCAAUACAAAGACACCGCGUCAUUCAGCUUCCAAAUCGACAGUUUCCAAGCCAAACGCACGAACACGGAAAAGAGAGACAUCGUGGAGAGUUUCUCGUACAUGGCCUUCGAAGGUCCGAUCAGACUAAAGAACCCAGAUUUGCCAAUGGUAGUACUGGAAGAAUGGGAUCUAGAAGGCAAGGAACCCAAGCGCGUGGCGUUGGGUCGUCUGAUCGGUGAAAGCGGACGCUCAGCGAUGAACAAAUACGACCUCAAGAAGCGCAAAUACAUCAGCACUACAUCAAUGGACUCGCAACUGGCUCUGAUCACUGCAAACAUGGCUUUGGCGGCACCGGGUAAGAUCUUCUACGAUCCUUUUACCGGAACUGGAAGUUUCCCGGUUGCGUGUGCGCAUUUUGGUGCCACUGUGGUGGGCAGUGAUAUUGACCCUCGCAGCAUUCGUGGAAAGCCGGACAGGAAUGUCAUGAGCAAUUUCGUGCAGUAUGGGCUGGUGCCUCAAUAUAUGGAUAUGUUUGUGAGCGAUUUGACGAACACGCCGAUCAGGAAGACGAGAUGGCUUGACGGCAUCGUUUGCGAUCCUCCAUACGGUGUUCGUGAGGGUCUGAGAGUUUUAGGCAGCACGCGAGAAGACUUGCAGAAAGAGGUCCUGCUCAAGAGCGGUGUACCGGCACAUCUGGCUCCAGGCUAUAUUCCACCCAAGAAGGCUUACAGCUUUGACGCCAUGAUGGAUGAUAUCCUCGACUUUGGAUAUACUCAUAUGGUGGACAAUGGCAGACUCAGCAUGUGGAUGCCAGUGGCUAACGAUGAGGACAUGGAGAUCCCAAUCCCCAGCCACCCGGCGAUGCAGCUGGUAGCCAUGUCAGUCCAGCAGUUCAACAGAUGGGCCCGCAGACUCAUCACUUACCGCCGCGUUCCAGAAGCUCAAGUGGACCAAGAAGCACUUCGAAACCGUGAGAAGCGUGAAGAGGCAACCGGAGUGACGGCAGAUGAUCUCAACGCCUUCCGACGAAAGUACUUCCAAGGCUUCAAAGAUCAGCAGCAACAGCAACAGCAACAAGUCGAGGCGGAUGCUGCAGCAGCAUCAUCAUGA